CCCCCCGCCGCCGUUGGCUGCUGCUCCUGUCUCGCACGUGGUUGGAUUUAGGGAUUUCUGCGGCUUUUUGGUGCUUGGUUUGGAUUUCUUCUAUUAUUUUUAACUAUUUUUGGUUACGGGGGUGUCUCGGGGUUCGCCCCGCUCCCUUCCCCCCCCCCACUUCGCAAUGGCCUCUCCGGAGAAGAUGCACCCAGGGCCGGCCGCCCUGCUCUGCUGCCUCUGCUCCCUGCUGCUCCCCGCCCACGCCAAGGGGCCACCCCCCAGCCCGGAGCCCGCCGAGCCCCCCGGUGCUAUCACACUGCCCGUGAGCUACCGCCUGUCCAACACCCGCUUGGCCUUCUUCCUCAAGGAGCUGGGAGCCAGCCCGGUGGGCAACAGCAGCACCCCGCUGCAACGGGCAGAGCCCUUCGUCGUCUUCCAGACCAAGGAGCUGCCCGUCCUCAACGUCACCCUGGGGCCCUUCAGCACGGGGCUGGUGCUGCCCAAGGAGCAGUUGCAGCCCUCCAGCACCUUGGAGGUCCCCGACCGCCUCACCGUCAACUGGAAGGUGCGCGCCUUCAUCGUCCAGCCCCGGCUGGUGGCCAGCCAGCCCGUGGUCCAAGUGCUCUUCUACGUCUCCGGCCGGGAUUGGGACGAUUUCGAUGUCACGGACCGGCUGCCCUGCGUGCGGCUCCACGCUUUCCGGGAUGCCCGUGAGAUCAAGAGCUCGUGUCGCCUGCGGGGCAGCCUGGCCAUGUGCCUGGUGCAGGCAGAGCUGCCCCACGCCUGGUUCGGACCCCCGGCUGUGCCGCUGGGCAGGCGGAAGAGCCCCGAGAGCCUGGAGGUGCCGGGUGAGAGCCAGCAAGCCGAGCUCUACUACACCCUGCAUGCCCCCGAUGGGGCCGGACAGUGCCUUGGGGAGAUGGUUCCCCGCCGUGGGGCUGGGGGAGCCAGGACUGAGGGUCCCACCCAGCACCCGCUGCUGCGCAUCGGCAGCGUCAGCCUCCUGCAGCCCGGCCCGGGGCAGCCCAUGCAGGAGCAUCGGCUGGAUGGCAACGUCUUCAUCCGCCUGCCCGACAAGCCCCUCAAGCCAGGCGAGGUGCUCAGCAUCCUCCUCUACCUGAUGUCCAACUCCACCGUGGAGCACUUCACCCUCAGGGUGAAGGCCAAGAAGGGUGUCAACCUGCUCAGCACCAAGUCAAGGAGUGGGCAGUGGCUGGUGAGCUCGGAGCUGCUGACGGGUGGCAAGCACUCCACUGCCACUGUGGAUGUCUCCAGGGUGGACGGUGCUGGGCCCAGGGACGGGGACUCCUCGGAGAUCAUGCAGCUGGAUUUCGAGAUGGAGAACUUCACCAGCCAGUCGGUGACGCGCCGCAUCAUGUGGCACAUCGACUACCGGGGCCGCAACCCGCCGCCCGACCUGGAGAAGGUGGUGACGGAGCUGACGGUCAUCCAGAGGGACAUCAGGGCCAUCGUGCCCCUGGCCAUGGACACGGAAAUCAUCAACACGGCCAUCCUGACGGGGCGGACGGUGGCCAUCCCCGUGAAGGUCAUCGCCAUUGAGCUGAGCGGUGUCAUCGUGGAUGUCUCUGCUAUGGUUGAGUGCAAGUCCAACAACGAAGACAUCAUCAAGGUCUCCAGCAGCUGUGACUACGUCUUUGUCAGUGGGAAGGAGUCGCGGGGCUCCAUGAGCGCCCGGGUCACCUUCACCUACGAGCACCUCUCUGCCCCGCUGGAGAUGACAGUGUGGGUGCCCAAGCUGCCGCUGCACAUCGAGCUCUCAGACGCCCGCUUGAGCCAAGUGAAGGGCUGGAGGGUGCCCAUCCUGCCGGACAGGAGGUUGGUGCGGGACAGCGAACACGAGGAGGAUGAGGAGGAGCGGAGGCAGAGCCGGGGCUGUGCCCUGCAGUACCAGCACACCACGCUGCAGGUCUUCACCCAGUUCCACACCACGGCGGCGGAGGGCACGGAGCAAGUGGUCACCAUGCUAGGGCCCGACUGGCUGGUGGAGGUCACCGACCUGGUCAGCGACUUCAUGCGUGUGGAUGACCCACGGGUGGCCCACAUGGUGGACAGCUUCACGCUGGCCGGCAGGGAGCCCGGCACCACGCUCUUCAAGGUUGUGUCCCCGCUCAUGGAAGCGGUGCUGGGUGAGACGCUGGUGACGGUGGCGGAGGAGAAGGUGAGCAUCACGGACCUGAAGGCCCAGGUGGUCUCCAGCCUCUCGCUGUCCCUCCACCCCAGCCCUGGCAAUAGCCACACCAUCAUUGCCCGGACGUCCGUGCAGCAGAACCUCAGCUUCUUCAAGCAGGAAGCGCUCCUGAGCCUGUGGAUUUCCUACAGCGACGGCACCACGGCCCCCCUGUCCCUCUACGACCCCAAGGACUACAACCUGGUGGUGAGCAGCCUGGAUGAGAAGGUGGUCUCGGUGACCCAGGACCGCGCGUUCCCUUUGGUGGUGGCACAGAGCGAGGGCGCAGGGGAGCUGCUGCGGGUUGAGCUGGUCAUCUGCGAGAGCUGCCAGAAGACCAAGCGCAAGAGCGUCCUCUUCACAGCCUUGGCCAACGUGCGGGUCCACUUUGGGUCCGAGGAGGACCCAACCUAUGACUAUGACCACGUCCCCAGCAAGCCAGGGCUGCGGAGACGGGGGCAAGCACCACCCCUGCGGGCAGAGGUGGAGAGGAAAGCGGAGCCGAGCGAGGACAGUAGGAUGUCCAGCGCAUCCCAUCCCACCGAGGACUUCCCCACCAUCCCCACGGGCUUUGUCCAGGUGACCAGGGGGCUCACAGACCUGGAGAUAGGCAUGUACGCCCUCCUGGGUGUCUUCUGCCUGGCCAUCUUGGUCUUCCUCAUCAACUGCAUUGUCUUUGUGCUGAAAUACCGGCACAAACGUAUCCCGCCUGAAGGCCAGACCAACAUGGACCAUUCCCACCACUGGGUCUUCCUGGGCAACGGGCAGCCCUUGCGGGCUCACAAUGACCUCUCCCCCCAGCCCGAAAGCCCUGGGAACCCGCUGGAAAACGUCCAGACCUGCUGCCACGGGGACCACCACAGCAGCGGGAGCUCACAGACCAGCGUGCAGAGCCAGGUCCAUGGCCGUGGGGACGGCUCCUCGGGGGGCUCCACACGGGACCAGAGCGAGGACCCGCUCAACUCCCCCACCUCCAAACGGAAGCGGGUGAAGUUCACCACCUUCGCCACGCUGCCCUCCGACGAGCUGGCCUACAACUCCAUCCCCAUCGCUGAUGAGGAGGACUUGGAGUGGGUCUGCCAGGACAUGGGGCUGCAAGACCCUGAAGAGCUUCACAACUACAUCCGCAGAAUCAAAGAGAUCGCUUAGCGCAGGGGCAGAGGGGAUGGGGCGGGAGGGAGGGGGCUGCCACGCUGUGCCACGCCACGCCGUGCCACGCCACGCCACGCCAGCCGUGUCCCCGGGGCUGGAGACCCACGUUCAGCUCUCUUUUGCGCAUCCCCUCUUCCGCACAUCUCACGUCCUCACCCCGUUGGAAGGCACCCACUGGGGCCUUGUUCUUCCCGUGCCCUUUAUCAUCUGGUUUUCCCAGAGGAGGCAUCAAGCACACGUGUGGCCCCCUCAACCCGCUGGCUUGUGGUGGGGGGCAGAAAAGGGAGCCGGGGUGGGGGGCAGAGAUGGAUGGGGUUAGAACCUCUGUGCGUGUCCAGUGGUGCACAGGGCAGGAUGAUGCUGCGGGUCCUGCUGUGCAGGGAGUGGAAGAGAAGAGAUGCUCAGCGGGAAGGUGGCUGGUGGGGGCUUCCCGAAGGCACCCCCCUGCCUUUGCUGCACUCGGUGGCACAACUGUGGAGGUGAGUGCUGGUUCAGGGAUCUGCUGUUGGAGCGUUGUGGGGCUGCCCCAGCCAAAGCCUGCUGCCCCGUGCUGUGAGUGAUGCAGGAUGGGGAUCCGAGACCCACGGCCACGGGGCUGGGGCACUGCUAUCACCACCACCUGCUGUAUCAGCACUAA